UAAUAAUAAUAAUAAUAAUAAUAAUAAUAAUAAUAAUAAUAAUAAUAAUAAUAACCAUAGGAGAUUAUUUUUGUUCCGCUACAGCAUUCGUUUGUAUUACUUAGCAGAACAUGGCUAACAGGCAACUGCGAAGUGAAGUUUUGAAACGCGCCCUGAAGGCAUGCAUCGUCCAACCGGUAAUAAGAAAAUAUCAGGUAGUAGCCGUUCGUGCGAUGUGGGGAAGUGAUGUUGAUGCCCGCGAGGUCAUUUGGGGCAAGAGAAUGCAGAUGGAGAACAUAUUGCUUAGCAACGAACAAGUAUCCUGUUUUUUUUCUUGUAUUACCUAUAUGGCCAGACCUCGUAAGAGAAAGUCGAUGAGGAAUGAAGGGGAGGAAGAAGAAGAAGCCGACUCUAGCAGUGAAGGUGAUAACAGAAACGGCGCAAAUGCGCCUGAAACAUUUCCUGGCAUUUCUUUCUGGAUCGCGUGCGACUUGCCAAACUGUACCUUAAGUCAAUUUGAAACAAAUUUGUCGAAGUCUUUUAUGCAAGCCGGGUUGAAUUUAACAACGUGCAAUGCUAUACAGACAAGAGGUAAAUACUUGAACCUUUUAGUACUUGAAAUACUGUCAAUGUUUUUCGAAUAUUUUACGCCACAUUUGAUAUUUGUAGGCAAAACCAGUGCAUUGCAAGCAUUCUCAGGAUCGUUAUACCAAGUCUUGAAAGACCACAAUAGGGAAGAAGCAAAACGGAUAGUUGAGAUAUCCCAUCGCACAAUGAUUAGGAGUGCAGCUAGAGAUGAAGGUGUUCAACUUGACCACGUUGCUGUAAUGGAAAGCGAACAGUACUCGAUGAAACCCUGUCAGUUAAUUCUAACAAAAAAUAUUGAUAAAGAGGUAUAUCAAGAUGUAAUUCGUGGUUUAUCCGAAAUCAGAUUUACAUCGCUUGAUUUAAAAGUAAUUGAUAAAUCGGAAGGCACAGAAGUAACUAUUCCCGUUAAGCCAACUAACAAACUUUGUCAAUCCGUGGAUAUAGUUCGAAGGAUGAUGGAGAGGAAUAGCUUUGGACUGUGCAAUGGAGGUGUAUACAAAAAAAUAGGAGAAAGCAGAUACACAUACGUUUACUGUUGUUCGGUGAAAAGCUAUCUCUAUCGCUCGUUGAAAAACAAAGCAAUCGCCAACGAAAUUACGCCAAAUUUACGAGAGUUGGUAUUUUUGCUGUCGGACGGCGAGUGUCAAAUAAUUGAUCAUAUAACUCUGGAUUACAAUUACAUUGAAUGCUUGCCAAAUGGAGUUUGUUAUAACAUCGCCAAAAAAUGUUUCGAUAUCAAGCCAAAUUUAAAGGGAUCUCCCCGAGCAUUCGUACGGUACUUUCAUCGAGAGGGAAAAAAUCCCGAACCAAAGCCAUUUAUAGAAGGUGUCGAAAAUAGCUUCCCAGAUAGAAAUGUGCAGUUGCGUUUUUAUCAAAAAUGGUACCAAAUUUUGCUCGCCGGUCAGUAUCCCAUGAAAGAAAAGAAAUUGUUGCUAGUAGGUCCUCCUGAUAGUGGAAAUCAAGUUGGUUUGCUCCAUUUCAAGGUAAUUAAAUAAAGUUCGUGAAAACUUCUGACUUUUAGACGGCACUUACUGACAUACAUUUGUCCUUUUAGGCAUUA